UGAUGCAUUAAUUUGUGUUCCGAAACCACAAAAAAACAUUUUGUAAAACAGCACCCAAGAAACUACACUUGGCGCCUUGCUCAGAAAUGAGUUGAAUCGACUAUAAUGAUGAGAAGACACCUAUAAAUAUCUAUGCUGUGAAUGUAAAGUGAUACAAACUCAUUGAACUGGCCUCCAUUCAGAUAGUAUCAAAUCACUUACCUAUGACCGCAUAAAAACAACAUGUUAUUAAAAUGUCAUCAAGAAGGUAUGCGGUAUCAUUUUAUCUUGCAAUUAUCGCUAUAAUAUUCUAUCGCAAUACUAACCACUGGUUAAGGCUCUGGACGAAUGUUAAUGGCUCGGCGUAUUUCCCUAGUUUCCUGGAUAUUCCUGGUAGAUCGAAUGAUCUGGAGUUCGUGAUCUCGCCUCACUUCCACACGACAGUUUUGGGAGAAGAAACUUUACCUUAUCCAACAAUAUGUCCGAUAUAUUUCGCGAGCACUGAUGGAAGUGGGGAUGGUAAAGAACCAGAGCCCAUUAAGAGGGAAGAAGAACCUCCUCAGGAAGCUCAGCAGCCAGAGAGUCGUAUUCCUACUUUUGAUGAGUUCGAGAGGUUCAAGGACUCCAGUCGACCUCCAGACAGUCACUACACUUCUGAUCUCUCGGGACCCAGGAGAGCAGGAACCAAUUCUAUUAGAAAUAACUUUUACAUUGCGACUUUUGGGGUCUGCUUGGUGUUCAUAGUUUAUUAAUUGUGUUUUGUUAUAGAUAACAGGUUUGAAGUUGAGUGCAGAUAUAAUAGUUUGGGUUUAUCCCCACUAAAAGAUCAACGGCCGUCAGGGAUCUUAUUCAGUUGCUUGCAAUAGCCGA